AGCUUCGUUUAAUAAUAUUUUAUUUUAAUUUAUUUUAACUUAUAUUAUAAUUGAAUUACAUCUUAUUUAUACCCUAUACUAUUUUAUUUUAUAAGCACACAAGCGUUACUUUAUACCGACAACGACGGUUUUUGUACUAUACCACUGUUGUACACGAAACUUGUAGUAUUUAUUUGAAAAUGGACAAGUGGAUUGGAAAAGUUGCUGUAGUAACCGGUGUUUCUUCUGGUAUUGGAGAAGAGACGUGUAGGCAAUUAGUUAAACAUGGAAUGAUUGUUGUAGGAUUUGCUAGAAAAGAACAUAGAUUACAGGAAUUAAAAAAAGAAUUAAAAGACAAUUUUUAUUACGUAAAAGUUGAUUUAUGUUCGGAAAAAAACAUUUUGGAUGCUUUUCAGUGGGUAAAAGUUACAUUAAAAUCCAUUGAUGUUUUAAUUAAUAAUGCUGGAGUUUUGAAGCUAACUGAUAUAUUUGGAGACACACAAGAUUGGAAACUUAUGUUUGAUACAAACGUCAUAGGUUUAAAUAUUUGCUCUAGAGAAGCAGUCAAACUAAUGAAAGAAAUGGAAAUUAAAGAAGGGCACAUAAUAAACGUUAAUAGUAUAACCGGUCAUUACAUAAUGUCUGGAAUGAAAGAUUUUUCAGUUUACGGUUCUACUAAGUUUAGCGUAACAGCACUUUCAGAAUACUUAAGAGAAUUUAUGAGCAUGGAAAAUUUACCUAUCAGAGUUACGAGUAUCAGCCCGGGAUUUGUUGAUACUAAAAUGAUCGAAAAAUUCAAAUUUGAGGAUAAUACAGUAUUACAAACAAUUGAUAUUGCCGACGCCAUUGUAUAUGCAUUAAGUGCACCCAAACGUGUUAAUGUUGCUGAAAUAAUUUUAAGACCAUUGUUUGAUAAUAUGUUACACAUUGUAAACAGUUCAUAAAAUAUAUACUGUUAAUUUUACGAUAGGAAAAUAAAUAUUUUUAUAUCAGAUUGAUAAAAUAGAACUUAAGUUAUAGACAUUUAUGUCAUUAAUAAUAUUGUACUUAAUAAAUCUUUGGAAUUAUUAUUAUUUA